GGACUCUUUAUGCACCACAUUCUCCACAAUCACCCAGAGCAUAGAUCCCAAAACACCUGUCAUCAUGGCCUCUCAACCUUCUGCUGAUAUCCGGCUGUACAAGAACAGAGCUUCAUACUCUCUUCGAGCCGCGCUCGACAUCUUUCGUGAAGGAAUGGUCGCCCAUGUCGCCUUCGUGCACCCUGGGGAUGAAGAGGGGGAGAGCAAGCAGCGGCGCAAAGAGACAAUAAUGAAUAUCCCGCUUAUCACCGUAAUGGUAUGCGAAGGGGAGGAUGAGGACGACCAGGAUAGCUAUGUGGUAUAUCUUCAUUCUCAUAAAUACUCUGGAUUAGUGGAGGCCUGCACAAGAGGAAGCGGUAAUUUCACCGCAACCACUACGCGAAUUGACGGUUUGGUUCUCUCUCCCACUGCACACGAUCACAGUCUCAACUACCGCAGCGCUACGCUUCACCUUCAUGAGCCUGUUGUCCUCUCCGACGAAACUGAUCACGAAGAAAAACGAGCCGCUCUCGCUGCCGUUACCAACACCAUUUUGGGGUACGACCGUAUCGCAAGUGUUGGACAACCUAUGGACGCCAAUGUCAAGGGCACAACAGUUAUACGGUGUAAGAUUUCUGCCGUGAGCUGUAAGCAAAGAUAUGGCGCAUUCAAUGGGGGAAAGGAACCGGUGACUGAGGUGAUCCCUGGUGAAGAAGCAAAUGCCUUCAAAGGUGUUAUUCCUUGCUGGACGCAAUGGGGGAAUCUGAUAGGGUUUGGCAAUGAUAGAGAAGAGUUGGAGUUGUUGUUCGAAAGUAGGAAUGUGGAAGGGAAAGUUUUUGCGCAAAAAUCGGCUUGGGCUCAUGAAGAUGGAGCGAUUGAGGGGUUGGGCAAGAAGAGAAAGCCUGUCACAAGAUUAUGAUAGCGAUACAAGAUGUACAUCAUGAUGCAACAUACAUCUAUG